AUGCCACCUCGGAAGAAACCUUUUAGUGGGAAGGCCAAGAAACAACAGCUUCGUAAUAAACGGGCUAAAGAGAGAGAUGCCCAUGUGUUACAUGUUGAUGAUAAUGGUAAUGCUGUUAGGGGGAUAAAAAUGAUGGUUCCACUUGAUCCACAACCGGUUUUGAGUGGACGUAGUAGUGACCUCCUACGCACGGUAUUUCAAAAGGAAGCCAAGGCUUCUAUUGAAGCUCGAAAGAAAGAUGCGACACGAGAGCUCGUGUAUGCGGAAGAUCAGGGCAAUUCCCAGUCAAUUUACAGUUAUGGUAUCUCGGAUCCAGCUAAUCAACCACGUAUUUUGACGAAACCAGAGUGGUCAUAUGACAUGACGUUGGACAAGUUGAACGAGGUGGACAGUCAAGCUUAUAAGGAGUGGGUAGAGUACCUUGAUCAGGAGAUGAUGAGUCGUGGGAAGGAGAUGCAGAUUAACUUGUACGAAAGGAAUCUGGAAGUCUGGCGCCAGUUGUGGCGAGUGAUUGAGCGCUCGUCCGUUCUUGUUCAUCUUGCAGACACUCGCUGUCCGCUAUUGCAUAUUAGCGACCAAUUGAUGAUCCAUGUCCGCACGACAUUUCCAUGGAAGCGCAUCGUGUUGGUACUUACAAAGACCGAUUUGGUUGCAACAGAGCGUGUGCAGAAAUGGUCAAGAUACUUAGAAGCGCGAUAUGGACAGGAUAUCUCUAUUUUGGCCUAUAGCCGCGACAACGUUGAGGAGAGCAAUGCAGUCUUGAUGCGAACCAUUGGUCAAGUGAGUGCUGGUAUCGAGCACCAUGUUCUGAAUGAAGCACCUACUGACGCCGCAUUGAAAGACACGCUUACGAUUGGAUUCGUGGGAGAGCCUAACGUCGGGAAAAGUUCGCUGCUCAACAGUCUCUUUGGUCGCAAGCUCGUUAGCGUCUCAGCCACCCCUGGCCACACGAAGCAUAUGCAAACACAUUACUUCGAUCACGUGGAGUUGCUAGAGCGUGACGACAACGUCUUCUCCCGUAUCCUCGUGUGUGAUUGUCCUGGUGUGGUGUUUCCACGCUUCAACGUACCGGUUCUUUUGCAGAUUCUGUUUGGAAGUUUCCCGAUCGCCCAGACGCGUGAGCCUUUUAGCGCCGUGCGUUUUAUUGCUGAGAACUGUGUCCCGUAUCUUCAUGAGGUGUACAAACUCAAGCAUGUCGAGGACGACGACGGCGAGUGGUCCCCUUAUACUUUGUGUGAAUCUUACGCACAACUUCGCGGCUUUCGUAUGAAAGGUGGCAAGUUGGACGUGCACCGUGCGGCAAACACCUUGUUGCGGGACACGCUCAAUGGUAGAAAGGUGGUGUUGUCUUUUCCACCGCCAGAGGAUUCAUGCCCCAGUCGUCUUCCAGAUAUUCCACGCAGCUAA